GAGUUCCAGUGAAGUCAAAAUGAGUGCUCCCUCCUCCCAAAAAGUCGUGCUGAAAAGCACCACCAAGCAGUCCCUGAAUGAGCGGUGAGACGCGCUACGCACCCUGACAGCACUAAGCGAGGCGAAGGUCGAAAAAGUGGUACAGACGGCCCUAGUGUGCUCUACUACGGAAGGCCACUGUUGGGGACCAGACCUGGACGCUAGACUACCCGGGGCAGACGUGUGCGCUGCUCACUCAAAAUGCAUGCCAUAUUCACCGUUWACUGACAUUAGAAGUUUGGCGUGUCUUUUGUGUGAGCAGCGCACACUUAGACCCAAGGAGAGAGGGUAACAGUGAUGCUUGCUUCACUACCAUGCUGAAGAACAAGGCGCCGACAGCGGUGAGUGUGCGAGCAACCAUGCAGCAGCAYCACAUGGCCAGUGCCCGCAACCGCCGGCUCGCCCAGCAAAUGGAGAACAGGCCCUCUGUGCAGGCUGCUCUGCACCACAAGCAGAGCCUGAAGCAGCGCCUGGGGAAGAGCAACAUCCAGGCCAGGCUGGGCCGGCCCAUCGGGGCCUUGAUGCGGGGGGGRGCUGGCGGCCGGGGUUUCGCUGUUGGAGGGAUGCGGGGGAUGACGAGAGGAGGCCUGCGAGGCCGCGGCAGAGGAGGAGCCUUAAGGGGCGCUAUGGCUCUGAGAGGGAAUCGCCUUUCCCCAGGCAUGGGCAUGAUGCGUGGCAGAGGMGGUCCAGGCCGUGUGGCCCUCCGUAGGGGGAUGCGUCAAAGAGGGGCUGCUGGUCGUGGAGGUGCCUUUGGCCGAGGAGCUGGAAGAGGAGUGGGAGCCAGGGGACGAGGUGGUCUACGUGGGCGUGGUGGCUUCGCUGGCAGGGGUGSUGGCCGCAGUCGCGGGGGUGGAAGAGGAGGUCGCGGCAGGGGUGGUGGCCCAGGAAUGACCCGCGAGCAGCUGGACAACCAGCUUGACGCCUACAUGUCCAAGACCAAGGGCAACCUGGACGCUGAGCUGGACGCAUACAUGGCCCAAGCUGACCCAGAGGGCAUGGAGUGAACCAGGACCUCCACUGUGAGAGUAGGGACUCCUUCAACAGGCCCACACUGAGACAGUACUGAUAACAUGAAAGACGCAGAGAAGCUUGUAUAGUACUAUUACACCACACAAAUGUAAUGAUAAACGCACUUACAUAAACUCUGUGCACUGUUUCACAUUACAUGGCUAAAAUUUGAUGUGAUCACAACCUCWGCUUGAAUAUAAAAAAAACAUUCACUGACACACAUGCAUACAAACACACUUGUUCUAAAAUUGUGGGCCUAUGAAGAGAACUGUUCGAAAUMGAACUUUUUCCUGAAUGUGGACAUGACCAUUCUAUCAGUAUCAGUACAAAGUAGACUCGCACCUGCACAGUUUGAAACCUUUUUCCUGUGUGUGCAUGAAGAACGCAAAGAUCUUUUAAACUUGGAAUGGACGACACUGACCGGAGUAGACUUCAAGAACCAACAUUAUCAACGCUCCUGAAAUGCCUGCUUUUUGGACCAGAAUCUCUUGGGAGAAUCUGUUUUGAAGCUGAAUUGGGACUAUUACCGAACUUUGCAUCUAUGUCCAUAUGGUUAAAAGUGCUUUAGCUCCAUCAUGUCUAACUAGCAUCCACUUCUUAUAUUUCGUAAACCUAUUUUUUACUACUGUGUUUUUAUGUUAGGAUUUSUAUUUAGUAUUGGAUGCUCCUUUUACUGUGUUAGCAGAAGUGUACAAAGACUUGACUCUCGAGUAGAAAAAAAUCGAAUGAAAAUUACAAGGGGAAUUCUAGAAAAAUCUUUUGUGUUUUUAUUCUAUUUAACGCCACCAACUUAAGCUUUGCUUCUGGAGAAUUGAAGUAUGUUGCUGUCUUUGGUUGAAACUCCCCUAACAGCAUUUAAUGGAUGCUCGUCAUACCAAAUAAGCAACUACACGAGAUGCUAGAUAUUUCAAUCCAAGUUGCAAAGGUGUGCYAGUGGUCUUCCCCCCUGGUGUCAAUUGUAAGAAUUUGAGGUUGUCUUUAAAAAAACUGGUUGUUGUACACUACUCAAAUAAAGUGAGUGAAAAUGUUUUCAGAUUGUGUCCAUCUGGAUGAAACUAAACUCCAAAUGCUAUGUAAUUCCCUCCUUCCAACUGGUUAUUGUCAUAGAAUAGAGAAUAAACGUUCUUCUUUUAACAUC